UGGCAGAUAUGAGGUAAUCUCCCUUGGGUUAACAGUAUGACAAUAGCGCAGAGGUUCAAUGGCACACGAACACAUGCUCAUCUAUUAUGCGGUCAGACAACUGGCCGGUCAAUGACUUCAUCUCUGCGAAUCCGUCUGUCAGUCACCUCUUUGUUGCUGGAUGGAUGGGUCAUCGGCCCCAUUGUGAAUGCAGCACUUUGAAAAUUCCUAUCAGUGGGACGUUUUUAAAUCUUUUUGCAUUAUUAAGUGGAUGUUUGUAGUGAUUUAUGGAGCCGUCGCUUUCGUUUACCAUUUACGUCGCAGGCUUUUCAACCGGAGGAUUAAAUUGCUUUUAAUGAGUUAUAGGUUUAAGAGAAUGGAGCAGCACAAGAGGGAGUUUUUGUCAUAGACCCGCCGCUGUAGCCGUUGCUGUUUUCCUGUUCACCAAAAUGGACAUACAUCGCCUCCAAGUGCUGCGCUACUGCCUCCCUCAGAGUGUCAGUGACUCAGGAUUGUUUUACAGCCACAUCGCUGCCAGUGAACAGAGUAUCUGCCAGGCGCGGGCCUCUGUCAUGGUCUACGACGACGCCAGUAAGAAGUGGGUGCCCAUCAAGCCGGGGCAGCAGGGCUUCAGCCGCAUCAACAUCUACCACAACACUGCCAACAACACCUUCAGAGUGGUGGGCGUCAAGCUGCAGGACCAGCAGGUGGUGAUCAACUACUCCAUAGUGAAGGGCCUGAAGUACAAUCAGGCCACCCCGACCUUCCAUCAGUGGCGUGACGCUCGGCAGGUCUAUGGGCUGAACUUUGCCAGUAAGGAGGAGGCCACCACCUUCUCCAACGCCAUGCUGUUCGCCCUCAACGUCCUCAGCUCACCUGACAGCGGAGGUCCAGUCGUUCAGCGUCAAAAUGGGCCGUCCUCGGAAGAAAGCGAAGCACAGAGGAGGAUGAUGGAGCAACAUCAGAUGCAGGCGCACAAGGAGAGGGAGCGACGAACAUCAGGAUCAGUCGUUUCCACCCUCCAAUAUAAAGUCUCCACCCCUCCCACCCACCCAGACACUCCUCCCGAGUACAGACAGUACAGGUGUAGCACACUGCCACCCUCCUACGUCCGCGUGGCCUCCUCCUCCUCUCCUCCCUCCUCCGCCUCCAUGUCUCCCUGUCAGGAGAAAGAGGCGGGGGCUGCUAGGGACAAGGCCCAGCUCUCUUCCCAGCUCUCCACCUCUCUCGCCUCAGCUUUUUCCCCAGUCCAGGCAGGAGUGACCACCCAGGGCCGACAGGUCCGUCAGAUCCCUCUGUCUCCUCCCACAGCAGCCCGUCACCUACUCCUUCAGCAGCAGCAGCAGCAGCAUCAAGACAUCAUGCUCCCCCCUAAACAUGGCACCUGGUCAGCCUCCCACAUGCAUCAAAUGUACGCUCAGCUGCCCCAGUCCGCGUCCCCUCCGAUAAUGAUGGCCAUGCCGGUGAGGCAGGUUUUGCCCCCGCAGCCAGCCCUCCCGGUGGCUCACCCCCUCCCGCCAGUAAGCGCUAGAAUAAAGCCUCCGCCUUUCGAUCCCAGCCCUGUGACGGGCCCUCACCAGCAGUACCCCCAGCACCAGCCCCCCCACCCUCACUCCAAUGGCCAGCCAGACGAUUCCUACUCCCCUCAUUCUCAGCAUCUGCCUCACACUCCACAGUACUGCGAGGCCGUGCCCCUGCCUCCUCUGACAGGUCAGACAGCCCCCGGCCCCGCCCCCAGCCACCAGCCCCAGUACCCCUCUACCUUCCACCCACAGCAGCUUCAGCAGCAGCAACAGCAGCAACAGCAGCAGCAGCACCAGGUGUACCACCAGCAGGCCCAGCCCCACACCGCCACCACUUCCUCCUCCUCUUCCUCCUCGCCCCCCUCUUACACUGCCAUAUCUGACGGGGGCUCGCCCAAGAAGACCCCCUCCCCUGUCCCCCAGCCGGCCCACAUGGCCAGCAGCAGCCCCCCUGUCUCUGCAGGUCACCCAUCUAUGCUUUCUGUGGCACCUCCCCCAGCUGCAGUUCCACCCAUGGCUGGUCCUCCAGCACCACCUCCGCCGCCAGGUCCACCACCCCCAAUGGCAGUGCCCCCGCCCAUGCCCCCUCCACUUCCCACUGGCGGAGGGCCUCCUGGGGGCCCGCCCGGAUUCCAAAACCAACCCUCAGGACUGGCUGCAGCGCUGGCUGGAGCCAAGCUACGUAAAGUGCAUAGGGAUGAGAGCAGCCCACCUGGGUCUAGUGGCAAAAGUGACUCCAACCGGUCUAGUGGUGGCAGUGGUGGUGGCGGGGAGGGACUGAUGCAGGAGAUGAAUGCCUUACUAGCUCGCAGACGGAAAGCUUCUGAGAAACCCGAUGAAGACGACUCUAGUGGUCGGGGGCCAGGUCAGCAGAACUCAACAGAUGCUUUGAAGAAGCCGUGGGAGCGAUCCAACUCUGCAGAGAAGUCCUCACUGGUGUCCAGAGUUAGACCCAUCGGCAGCACUAGUGAAGCAGACACGGAAUUUGACAGGAUGAAACAGGAAAUUUUGGACGAAGUUGUUCGAGAGUUGCACAAAGUGAAAGAUGAAAUUAUAAAUGCCAUCAGACAUGAAAUCGGCAGAAUCAGUACAUCCUAAACUCAUCUGAGUGUACAAACAGUGGAGAGCGUCGGGAGGAGCUGGAGGAGGAUGGACACGCAGAUGCACAGACACGAGGACCAGGGAAUGUUCUCUCAAUGUUUCUGUGACCUCGCCAUGCAUUGAUGCACGUUGCAGAGAUGUUGUGCCAACAUUUAAGUCUGCUGGACAGCAAAAAUAAUAAAGGAAGAGAGAAACAGAUAAGAGAGUGGCGAUUAAUGAAGAAGAGAAGGAUGAAGAAAGGCCGAAGGACUGAUGAACUCAAACAGAACGGAUAAAAGAUGAAACGAGGAAAGGACGGACAUUUGUGCUGAGUUUGGUGUUGUGGUCCUCUCUGUGCACCUCGACUCAGUCAGCCCAGUGUUGCAACUCUUUGUUCUCUGUUUGGUCUUAAGGAGAAAAUAUUUUUGUUUUCUAAGUUUUUACUGUUUUAUUAUUUAAAAAAAAACCUGUGGUGAUAAUGAUGAUGAUGAUGCUGUUGAUGACAAUGAGUAUUUUAUUGAUAUUACUGAAGGACGAAGGAAUCUUGCACACCAUUUAUGUCAGCCUUUUAUAUUUUGUAUUUCUGUUUAGUUCAUCCCUAACUAUUUGAUGACAACAAGCACAACAUGGGCAUAACAGUGCUGCAGACUCACCUGCCCCUCAGCCAGUGUAUUUACAAAAAGAACUUUUUAUGAUCUUGCUCAUACUGGUGUUGUGCGUCUCUCUGGAGAUAAUGAAAAACACCUUAAUAUUUGAACCGCAGUUAACCAAUUCAGUUACCUCUUUCUCCCAUAUCCAAGGCAUAACAACAGUUUUCUAGCAGUGAAUCCGAAAGUCUGCUCCACAACUCCAGUGUGACCGAGACCUCUGUCUCUCUUUCUGGAUAUGUGUGAGAUCAUUGAAACUCGGGGAUCAUUCACUAAACAGGCCUGUAACUGUAAAUGUGCCACCUGGUUUUACCUAGAUAUAAAACAAUGUAGUGUUAUCUAUCAGUCAUCCUAUGCUUUGUGAACCUCCCAAGUAUGCAUGAAACCCUCGUCUCUAUGAAUUCGUUUUUAUUUGGUUUUAAAAAAUAUAUAUAUAUAAAUGAACGGUGGUACAUUUAUUAUAGUGGUUUGUUUCUACGAAGAAUCCCCUUCUUUUAUAUGAGAUGUUGAAGUUGAUAAUGGUAGCGAUGUGUGUGUGGGGAUGCGGGGAUAAAUAAAAAAAAAGGGGGUUGGUCUGGCAAUAUGCAAAUCUAGCCAAGAAUGUGCAGAAAGUGAAUGGUAGGCCUACGUGAUGAUGGUAGCUAAAUGUGUCUUUGCAGGAAGGAUUUGAUUGAGUAUCAGUCAUUGCAUUCUAUCCACUCUGUCCGCUCUCAACUACGUUCCGAUUUCAAACGCAAAUGGAAGUAAAUUCAUUCGAACAAAAAGAACACACGUGUCAGCCAUCUGAUAUCCUGCUGUGUGUGUCUCAAGCAAAGAAUCUCCUGGAUUAUGUUUAAAUAAAAGACGACAAACCGA